GUAAAAUGUUGUAGAUUGUGGCUCCCUCGAGACCGUCAUAUAGCUGCCGAUUCUUGAGCCGAUUAGGUCAUGGCCCCGCCAAGCAAAAUAUUGACCCUGUUGGCAUUGGCCGCCAUUUCAGUCCACGUGGCUUUAGCCCUGGAGUUCAUGGACGAGGGCAUCGAGAACCAUCACUUGGACGAUGACAACUCCGCAGAGGUGCCACCAGCUCUGACAGGCUAUACCCGGGACACGAUAGCCCACUUUAAUCCCCGGAAGUCGGAUGCAGGAUUUCGCCAGCUCUGGGAACGGGUUCCCCUGCAAAAGGUCGAUGUGAUCAAACGGUGACGGAACCAUUCGAAUUAUCUCACGGAUACCGUGACUAUAUUAUAAGGAAACUGCAAGUGUGAAAGCUGAGUCACUAACUAAUAGUUUUUGCGUUGACUACAUGAUGGAUUAGGAAAAUUAUUAAGCACUGGGAAUAAUAAAAGGCAUUAGAGUCUCCAAAACCAA